UAUAUUUAUAGUUGAUACCGUUAGAAAGAUAAAAAUGGUCGUUUUAUCGUGGAACAACACGUCACCUGUAUAUAUUGGUGAUAUAUUUGAAGAGACAAAACUAAUAUAAGAGGUUGAUAAAUUUGAAAAGAUGAAUGUAUUAAAUUACUACGUUAUUGUGAAGGCCUAUGAUAAUUAUCGUUUUGUUUAAAGCUCCUAAAUCAAGCUCUAACCUAUUUUAAUAAAAAUCGUCAGUAAACACUAAGUACAUUUGACGUUUUCGUUAUGACAAUAAAAUAAUUCAAUGUUUAUAUUAUUCAAGUUAAAUCGGUUGUUAAAAAUUGUCCUUUCAAGGCAUUAAAUAAAAUGUAUUUUAACAAAUAACGUAGACAUGAUUCUUAGGGAAAAACUUUUUAUGUGCUUAUCAGUUUAUUAUCUAAAAUCUUCAGAAAAUCGGAAUUGAUUGAAGGCAAGAAGACUGAUUCAACUGUUAAACAUAAGUAAUUGUUAUAUAAAAUAAAUAUUUUAUUUAUAUAAAAGAUAUGGAGUCAAACGAAAGAAAUCAAUUGCCAAAUGGAGAUACUGCAAACAGCGAUAUCGAUUGGUCUAGAUAUGGAUUGCAUAAUAAUGCAGAGUCUCAAAGAAAUAAUGAAGCACAAAGACAUAAUAGAGAAUAUGAAGAACUUGGUCCUGAAAUGUAUCAAACCGGAGCAAAUGAAUUGUUUGCUCAAGAAUAUAGUGCUGAUCCUUGGUGGAAAUCAAACUUUUUCAUUUCUCAACCUGUAUUAUUUGGAACUUGGGAUGGGGUUUUUACAUCUUGUCUAAUUAAUAUUUUUGGAGUUAUUGUCUUUUUGAGAUCUGGGUGGAUAGUAGGCCAAGCUGGUGUUCUUAAUGCUGUUUUAAUAAUUUUGUGUACAGUAUGUAUCGCGUUAGUGACUGUAUUGUCUGCUGUGGGAAUAUGUGAAAGAUGUCGCGUAGAAAGUGGUGGAGUUUACUUUUUACUAUCACAUGUGUUAGGAUCAAGAUUUGGUGGAUCUAUUGGAUUACUAUAUUGUUUUGGACAGGCGGUGGGCUGUGCUCUAAAUGUUCUAGGGUUUGGAGAGUCUAUGGCUGGUCUUGUGGGUUUAGAAUCUACAUGGGCAGAACGUGGUUUUGCUUGUACUGCUGUUAUCUUGUUAUCUGUUAUUAAUAUUGCUGGUGUCAAGUGGGUCAUAAAACUCCAGUUUAUUCUAUUAUUAAUUCUAUUGCUUGCUGGUGUAGACUUUAUGGUUGGAAGUUUUACUCAUGUGAAUGUUGAGGCGGGUUUUGAAGGAUGGUUAUCAGGAAAUUUAAAAAAUAAUACUUUUACUAACUAUCAAGAUGGAUAUAAUUGGUUUACAGUUUUUGGUGUAUUCUUUCCCACAGUAACUGGCGUUUUAGCUGGUAUUAAUAUGAGUGGAGAUUUAAAACAUCCAUCUACCGAUAUUCCUAAUGGAACAUUGGCAGCUGUAGGGACUGGAACCUUUUUGUAUUUAUGUUUUUCAUUAUUUCUCGCGGCAACUUGUACUCGAAAGGCACUACUUACGAACUUUAUGAUUGCAUCGACAGUAUCAGCGAUUUCAGUAUUGCUACUGGCAGGUCUUUAUGUGUCAUCAUUUAGCAGUUGUUUAGGUGCAAUGUAUGGUACACCUCGAGUUCUUCAAUCUAUCGCUAGUCAAAAUGUAAUACCAGGAAUCAGUUGUUUGCAAAGAGGGAAAGGACCAAACAAGGUACCCGUGUAUGCAAUGUUAGUUGUUGCCAUUGUCACAUUAACUUUCAUUAUUACUGGUCAAAUUAAUACACUUGCGCCAAUUGUUACUAUGCCUUUUCUCUUGACAUAUGCGUGCUUGGAUUAUGCAUAUUUCGCCCUUGCACAAACAUUCGAUAUUCAACUGUCUCGUGAACAAAGAUUUCGAACACAGUCUCCGACGUUUGAUCACGAUUAUGACUCUACAAGUAGAAAUAAUUCAAUAACUGAUAUCGAUAAUGAUCUCGAUAACUUAUUUCCUGAACGAAUACGACAUAAAAAUCUUAUCAGAAAUCCUAGCCUUUCUGAAAAUAAUAUGUAUAUAGAUUCUUCUCCAAGUAUCGAUGAAAAUGCUAGCAGUACAGAUAAUUCAGAACGAAAAAUUCAUAUCCAUAAUAAACUGGGAAAUUGGUAUAGUCCUUUGUGUAAUAGAUGGUUUUCAUUAUUAGGGUGUCUUAUAAAAUUAUUCAUCAUGUUUCUUGUUCAUUGGGGUUAUGCUAUUGCCAAUAUUGUUGUGGUUUUCCUUGUUUGGAGUUACAUUGGUCAUGCUAAUCCUGCAGUUAAACCAGGUGUUUCAUCCGAAUUUAAAUUGCUUAAAUGGUUGAAAACGUCGCUAUUGAGAAUAAUGGGAAGAAAAGUUUAUGAUUAUGAACAAAUUGUGGUUACACCUGUGCAUCCUGGUGUAGAAACUUGUUCGGCUCAAUUAAAUGAGGAAAAUGAAGACUUUGCUGGGAGAAGAAGAUACCAUCAAACAGCCACAGUCACAGGGCAAUAUGUCAAUGUUGAUUAAAUAUUGCACCUAGCAAGAUUUUAGGGAAAAGUAUUCAGUGGAAAUCAGAUAUGAAUCAUUUGAAAAAGGAAUUGUAUAGGAAUCAUUUUAUCAUCGCAUUUUAAAAUAGGACGAAACGAAAAGAGAAGCGUUGGUUUAACAUCCGCAACGUUAUUGACCGCACAAAACUAGUCUAGCUAGGAAUUAAGAACAUUUCAUAUCUUAAAUACAAGGAAUUUUUUAUAAAAAUGUCACGUGAUAGCCUUAAAAGCACUAAUAAUCGAAUAAGGAACAAGCACAAAAUAUGUCAUUCCGAGCAACUGAGUAAAAGGACUAUUUGUAUCAGUUUACUCGAUGUAUGUACAUUAAACAGUUGAAAUGCAAUACUGCCAGAAGCAUUUCUGAAAUGGAGGGUCCAUGUAUUCAGUGAAUUAUUUUAGGAACUAUUUCUUGUGACGUGAGAUUAUUUAUUCUUUAUAGCCCUUAUAAUUUGGAAUAAAAUCAUAAUAUUUUAUGUAUCAUAUGAAGGUAUGAAGAAAACGAUGCUGGAUAUCAAAUCAUUUAUAUUAAAUACUUUGUAAAUAUGUAGUGAUAACAUAUUUAUAUGCUAUUUAACAUUUUUAUAAAUGUCGCUACAUAAAUAAGUAUGUUACUAAUAAAAUAUACAUACAUAUAGAUCAAUAAU